AGGCUGGGCUCCAGCCGCUCCUGCCCGGCGCGCGCCCCCCGCCCGCGCGCAAGCCGCGGCCAGCGCACCGAUGGCUGGCGCGGGCGGCGCCGCAGGCGGCGCCGCGGCCCUGGAGCAGCAGCUGCGGGCCGUGCUGGAGGGGCUCGCCGCGGGCGCGGCGGGGCCGGACGGCGGCGGCGCGGCGGGGCAGUUCGGGGCCGGCUUCGCGGAGCAGCUGCAGGCUGCGGUGUCGCUGGGGAGCAGCCACCUGCCACAGCUGCAGAGGCUGAUGCAGCUGCUGAAGCGCCUCGAGGACCCCCUGAGGUUGCAGCGGCGUCAGGCUCCCCGCGGGCGGCCCGGGACGGGCAGCGUCGAGCGCGACCUGGCCGCGGUGUACGCGGGCGCGGGGCUCGCGGCGGGCGUGUCGCUGGCGCCGGCCACUGGCGGGGCCUCCGUGGCCGCCAGCAUUGGCCUCGCGAGCAUGAUGAUGAUGGCGGCCUGAUUGGCGCGCGCCGUCACGGAGCUUGGAGGAUAGAGGGGCGACGCUAAGGGGGGACGCUCAGCU